AUGUUGCCUUUCGGUUACUGUUCAAGUGUGCCUCCGAUAACUAUAAAAAAGGGAAUGACACCCGAAAUAGAUUUAUCUAAGUUACCUAAUAUCGCUUUACCAAAGAUACCGGACAUUAAUAUACCGGGGGUUGUUGAUAUUAAAGGAGUGCAGUUGCCUCCAAUAGAUUUUUCAAAGUUGCCUGAUAUUCGAAGUACCGAGUAUACUGAAGUAGAAAUCACAGAGGAUGAC